CAUCAUACGCGCACCCUCCAUCUUCGCCAUAAUCGAUCCCGGAGCUGUUCCCCGCGGAGUUCGGAGAAAAUCACCGAAAGCGUCUCAGUUGAAAUGGGUCCGGGGUUCGUCGUUGGCGUCUUUGGAGUCCUGAUUCUCGCUCAUGCUGCUUAUUCGACCAUCCAAUAUAGGGGUUUGUUGAAGAUUACGGAGGAAGAGUUUUCAGGACCGCCGAUGAACGUGGUUGCUGAGCUGCUUCUUGGGCUAGUGUUCUGUAUGUGGGCGGGGCUAACCGUGCCAGGGAAGUUUCUAUCCAUACUUCCGGAUUCCGAAGAAAAUAGGAUUGUUUCUUUACCAGCCAAUCUAGACUUCAUGAGUUUCAACCAUCGAGGCAAAGUAUUUCCUAUGGAAUUGGAUGUGAAGCUGAAACUUUGAAUCCUUCCUAUCAAGUAAAAGGGGUCUCCCUUGAUCUUUCUUGAGGAGAGAGGAAAUAAACAGAAGUGGCCUUUGCCAUACAAGUAUUUUGUUUACCCCCAUGUGUUGGUUGUUUCUUAAGAUUUCACUGUAUCAAUUUACUUUUGCAAUCUAUUACGGAACUACUUGUCGCUUUUGACAACCUAGGUCUAGUCAUUAAAACCUGGAAAUAUCUUUUGUAAUCUCGUUGGAUUUUCUCGGUGGUUGCAUCACAUGAAGGUUAAAAGCCUGCGUGUGGAAAAUGAAAUUGAAUGAAUGACAGUGAGGGACACAUAGACAGCUCAAAUGGUA